AUGGAGGUAAGUCGAGAGGGCCAUUCUGGCCUAUACACGAUGCACUUUUCGAAUAUCUUUCCUGACGUGGUACCUAAAACUGACCAAAAAUCUCCAAAAUGUACCACCGCGUCAGCUUCACCCGAAGCCCCUGCGCACCCAGUUUGCUCAAUUGUUGAAUUCAGUCAGUGGCAUGUCCUAAUUCGCAUGAAUGUUGGAAAUGAUGUGUGCUUUGUGAAAGGUGAGGCUAAAAUCUUUUCACCAACCCCGUCCCUUACUAGCACCGCGGCACGUGGGAUGAAGCGGACUGGGGAAGUGGUUGCGAACCAAACCAUCCCCGAUGGCGUGCCCAUCGUUCCUGUUCAUCAGAAAGAUCGCAAGUGCCAUGUAUUCAUCGAGGGUACCUAUCGACCUCAACUGGACAUGGUCCAGGACGGGGAUGGGAUCUCCACCUUCCGUCUGGAGGUGCACAUGGAGACGGUGGAGGGGGAGCUGUUGGGGUUAACCGAGCCCAAUGAACUGAAGGACGUCGUCUUCAGUUGCAGUGGCUUCCGUGCGUGUGGCUGGACUAGCGGGUCGGUUUCUGUUUCUGUGGCUGGGAAGCUGCUUAAGAUGACCCACACGUUGCGCUUUUUGCUGAAGCCCUAUUACGGCAAGCGCUGUACACUCUGCCUGGACCCGGUGUACGCCAUUGGGUACACCUGUGACGAGUGCGAGAUGACACAGUACUGCAGUCGGGAUUGUUUGAAUAAUCAUAUGCGCAAGGGACACGGGCUGCUGUGUCCUAUACUGAAAAAGAAUUACCGUAUUAAAUCGGGUUGUGUCACCACAGAGGUAAAUGACGACACCGGGCUGGUGGCUUGGUGGCGUUGUUUAGAGGAGGGAUACUUUACGAUUUUGGUGGAUAGCGGCAACGCGUUAGGGUGUGCGAUAGAGUUGUAUCUUUGCACGCUGAAAUCCGCCAAGGAAGAGGGUCUGCGGUACAAACUUAUUACACCCGCACCUAAGGAGGAUGAUGACGGUGUUAAGAUCACCACAUCCCCACAGACCCCCACAGAAGAGGAUGUGAUUGACUUUUCAUGUGUGCUAUUGCGUGAGGUCAAUCGCAGCGCUAUUCUCAGCGGCUGUGUGUCUUUAACUGCAACAUGUCUGAACUACCUUUACGUUUUUAGCCCAUCAACCGAAAUUACUAUCCAGGCACAUGUUCUUUUUUCAGCUGCAUUCUACUGCAACCGCCUAGAGGGCGCCAUCACAACUGUCGAGGAAUACAUAUCCUAUGCACGCUCACUUCAUGCCCUAUCUGCAUUGCUCAUGGAGUAUGCUCUUAAGAGUCCCAUCGCAUCUGAGUUUUGGCGGCGUAUUCGUGAAGCACGCGCGACGCUCGUGGCGUUAUGCCGCAUCCACCGCGCUAACCCCUGUUUGGGUGUUCCUGGGAUGCGUGAGAUCGUAGAGAGCCAGCAGUGUGAUACCCUAAUUUCCUUGGCAAAGGUAUUUGUGGUAAUGGCCACACGCACCCCUGAGGGAGACUCGAGGGGCUGGCUUUAUGAGUCAGAGAAGUGCAUGCGCCAGUGCAUAGGUAACGAGUCGCUUAAAAGAAAUCAACGUGCGUAUGCACUUGUGCUGUUUGGCUUUUCAGCAUUGCUACUCCUCUAUAAGGACGAUGCGAAGAAUGAGGAAGCGCGGUUGAUGCGUUUAGAGGCUGAGGGAUUGCUGCGGCGUUGGCGCGCACAGCGCCCUAAAACAGGUUCCGAACUCUAA